ACAGGCAGGUCCAGCUGGAGAGGGGGGACGCUGCUGCUCAGGAACUGGUCAACUCUCUACAGGUGCUGGAAGUCAUGGCGGGGGCCAUGGCUGCUGAACUCAGGCCUUUGCUACUGGAGCACUUGCCCCAUCUGUUCACCUGCCUGCAGCACCCGUACACAGCGGUGCGUCACAUGGCAGCGCGCUGUGUUGGCGUGCUCAGUAAGAUAGCCAUGCUGGAGACCAUGAACGGGUUCCUGGAGUGUGUGCUCCCCUGGCUUGCUGCUAUCGAAGACUGCACCAAACAGGAGGGCGCCAUCGAAGCUUUAGCCUGUGUGAUGGAGCAGCUGGAUGUGGACAUUGUUCCGUACAUUGUGCUUCUCGUAGUGCCCGUGCUGGGUCGUAUGAGUGAUCCCAGUGACAGCAUUCGCUUCAUGGCCACACAGUGCUUUGCUACACUCAUCCGCCUGCUGCCCCUGGAGUCAGGUAUACCCGACCCCCCCGCCAUGUCUGCUGACCUGAUCCGCCAGAAGGCCAGAGAGCGUGACUUCCUGGAGCAACUACUAGAUGGCAGAAAACUGGAGAACUACAAGAUCCCGGUGCCCAUAAAGGCUGAGCUCAGGAAGUACCAGCAGGUGUGUGUCCGCUUUAAAUGCU